GGGGGGGUCCCGCUCAGCGGGCGAUGGAGAGACGGCAGCAGGGGUUUGUGUCCCCAGGGUAUUUGCUGCAGCUUCCCCUUUCCCUCUGGGAUGGGGGGGUUUGGAUGUGUUUGGCACCCUCCUGCCUUGCCCAGGGCUCCCCGAUAACAUUUGGGAGGGUCCAUGAGCUCCGGGCUUGUCCUCUUUGAGCCCUUUUCUUCCCGAGAGGCGGCUUUUCCACCUCAUUUCUGCCUUAAAACAGCAAUUCAAAGCGUGUGAUUCAAACCCCUGCCCGGCUCUGCCUGCAAACUGCUUCCUGCCUUUUGUUUGGCAGCUGGGGAAAAGUUGAGGUCCGGUUUUCCACCCUGGCUGUGCCCGGCUCAACCCAGUUUUGGGGAGAAACCGGGGGGAAAGGGUUAUUUCGGCGCUGGAGAGGGGCUGUGUGCCUUGGCACGGGAUAAUCAAUGUGUUCCGGGCGGGAUGGCCGCCGGCAGGGCUGGGGAUGUGGGGAGCGCUCAGCACUCGGUUGGAAUGGAGAGGGGGGGAAAAGGCAGCCAACGUCCCUGUCCCGGGAUGUGGCGCUGCCUUUGCCACCGUGGGCUGCGCGCCAGCCCCUGUGUACCUUGUGGGAGUCACCGGCCACCCAGGUGUCUCACGUGGCCACCUGGGCUAGUUGCUGCUCCUGUGGCAGGGGAGAACCCCUCUGGAAGGGUGGAUUUGGCUAGGGGGGAGGCAGAGGAAGGUGCCCGGCUCUCGCUGGGGGUUGCUGAAGAGGCAGAAGUGCCUCAGGUACCCCCCCUGGAGCAGGGGGAGCACCUUGCUCCCCCCUUUUGGGAGGAGAGGGGUUAAGCCAAAGCAUCCCAGAUAAGCCCUGGCAGGAGGAGGCUAAAACCUCCAAGGCCUGCGCUCUCCCGGAGAACAAAGCUCGCAAAGUGGUGCAUCCCCGAGACACCAUGAUCCCCAGCGCAGGCCCCUGGGGCUGCUGCCUGCUCCUGCUGCUCUGCCUUCUCCCCUGCCCGCGGGUCUGGGCAGGCAGGGAUGCCACGGCACCGGGGCUCUCCGCAGCCUCCUUCCUGCAGGAUCUCCUCCAGCGCUACGGAGAGAGCGAAACUCUCAGCCUGAAGCAGCUCAAGGCCCUGCUGAACCGCCUGGACGUGGGAGUGGGACACGCCAACGUCUCCCAGGGGCCGCAGCAGCGGGUGAACCUCUCGCGGUGCUUCAGCUCCGUCGAGCUUUUUGCCAUCCACAACCUGAGCGAGGGCUCUGCCGUGGGGCACAGCGAGUUCAAGGAGUUUUGCCCCACCAUCCUGCAGCAGCUGGAGUCCGGGGCGUGCGCCUCCGAGAACCUGGAAAACGAGGAAAAUGAGCAGACGGAGGAGAGCAGACCCAGUUCGGCUGAAGUCUGGGGUUACGGUUUCCUCUGCGUCACCGUCAUCUCCCUCUGCUCGCUGGUGGGAGCCAGCGUGGUGCCCUUCAUGAAGAAGACCUUUUACAAGCGGCUGCUCCUCUACUUCAUAGCUCUGGCGAUUGGAACUCUCUACUCCAACGCCCUCUUCCAGCUCAUUCCAGAGGCGUUUGGAUUCAACCCUCAAGAAGAUUAUUACGUUUCCAAAUCUGCUGUGGUGUUUGGGGGCUUCUACCUCUUCUUCUUCACGGAGAAGGUCUUGAAGAUGCUCCUGAAGCAGAACGACCAGCAUCACCACGGGCACAGCCACUAUGGCCCUGAGACUCUGCCAUCCAAGAAGGACCAAGAGGACGGCGUCACCGAGAAGCUGCAGAAUGGGGACCUGGACCACAUGAUCCCGCACAUAACCAGCGAGCUGGAGUGCAAGACCCCCUCCGGGGACGAGAAAGUUGUGGUGGGCUCCCUCUCCGUCCAGGACCUGCAGGCUUCCCAGAGCGCGUGUUACUGGCUGAAGGAGGUGCGGUACUCCGACAUCGGCACGCUGGCGUGGAUGAUCACCCUCAGCGACGGCCUCCACAACUUCAUCGACGGGUUGGCCAUCGGGGCCUCCUUCACCGUCUCAGUCUUCCAAGGGAUCAGCACCUCCGUGGCCAUCCUCUGCGAGGAGUUCCCGCACGAGCUGGGGGACUUUGUCAUCCUGCUGAACGCCGGCAUGACCAUCCGCCAAGCGCUCUUCUUCAACUUCAUCUCCGCCUGCUGCUGCUACGUGGGCUUGGCCUUCGGGAUUGUGGCCGGUAGCCACUUCUCUGCCAACUGGAUCUUCGCUCUGGCCGGAGGGAUGUUUCUGUACAUCGCGCUGGCUGACAUGUUCCCCGAAAUGAAUGAGGUCAGCCGGGAGGACGAGCAGAACGGCAGCACGCUGAUCACCUUUGCCAUCCAGAACGCGGGGCUGCUGACGGGGUUCGGCAUCAUGGUGCUGCUCACCAUGUACUCUGGCCAGAUCCAGAUAGGGUAGGACCAGCCCGACUCGCAGUCCUGAUCGUUUUUCCAGGGUGGUUUUUUUUUGGGGGGGGGAAGGGGUAUUUCUUUUUUUUUUUUUUUUUUUUUCUUUCCUUUUCCUGCUGCAAGCAUAUGACGGUACCUGUGCGGGCACUGACUUCACACUACAGAAGAAGAGGCAUUGCUUUUAAAGCUGUUCCACAGACUUCAUUUUAUUUUGGUUUAAAGCUGAGGGGAGCUUCAUCCCCUUUGCUGUAGGACCGAACUGACCAGAGGAUCUCUUUCCAGUGUCAUAUCCCUUCUCUUCUCUCUCCUGAUGUCUCCUGGGGAAGGAUGGAGUUGGGAGACAGGAGCUCCUCUAGCCUGUGUUGCUCCCCUCCUUGUGCUCGGAGCGGUGCGAUGGGACGUGACGCUCUCCUGACCCCUUUGCGGGGGGUGUGUGAUGGGGACAGACUGGGACAGACCCUUCUCGGAGAGUUAUCCACCAGCCAGUCCUCGGAGCUGUGCUGCUCUCCAAGCACAGAGGGCUGCCGAGGAAGAGGAGGCUCGAGGAGCACAGCUCAUGAUUUGAGCAUCAUCCUCGCUGUCUUCAUAAACAUGUCUCCGCAGCCACGACUGGUUUUGCUCCCUUUCUGCCUUGGCAGCCCAGACGAUGCCCUGGGAAGAGCAGGGUGAAGAGAGUUGUGGUUGUUUUGUUGGGUUUUUUUGUUGGUUUUUUUUUUUUUUUUUUU